CGAUCUUUCAGUUCGGGCACACUUGGCUUUCGCUACCUAUCACGACAUUCAUGUGAAUGUCUUUGUCAGGGAUACGUCUAUACCGAAGAUAACGGCAGACGGAAGCCCAACGAAAAAGUUUGACAAAUAGUGAUGACUUGAGUUGAGAUUAAGAUCUCUGCAGGGGUAGUUUUGACCCGUGGCGCAUUAGGUUUCAAUGAUGUGAAAGGUUGCUUUGUUUCAACUGAAAACAAACCUGGCUUCCAGAUGCCCAUUUCCUCUUAGAGUAAGUGUAGGCCAAGAGCAAGAUCGAUCUUGUUGUAGAUCGGUUAACACACUAAGAGAUGGCUGGCUCGGAUAAAGACAGAGGAACAUUCGGCGGUGUUGCGUUGGCCCUUAGUUUUACAGCCAUCAGUAUAUCAAUAGUUUGUCUCUUGCAAGUAUUCUUCCUCUCUGGGCCGAAUGCUCAAUGUAGCUGUCCUCGAAAUGCACGCGAACAGCCCCAUUCGAUUCCACAGGACUUGCGUAAUGCGACAGGUAAAGUAAAACGGGCGAGAGGUCCACCAAAGGAUAUCGCAGCUAAAAAGACCCGUAAAGAGACUAGCAAAACAGUGAAACAACCACUGGAGGAAAAGCAUGCUAGGAAACGACGAGCCACACAGAACAAGGCUACACAGACAAAUACCAACACGGCUUGGGGAGGAUAUUUGCACAACGCUAUUUUGCGGCUACAGCAGCAAAUGAUCGUAGUGGAGGGAAGGUAAGCGUGAACCAUACUUUUUUUUGUGAUGUCCGACGAUAACAUACCGCCUGUGAGUUUGUCAUACCAUUUUUAAUACAAUUAUCGUCCUGAACACAUAUUUUUAGCAACAAAGAGCACAAAGCGAGUAAUCCUUGUUUCUCAGUUACUGGAUCUUAGUUUGAGUCCACAUCUUUAAUUGGAUUUUUUUGACUUACAUGCCGUAUGUCUUGCCCGAAAUAUAGUAAAAUCAUCAAAUAACUCCAAGCCCAGUGUCAAGCCUACUGCGUGAUAGCAAAACCCCAUUCCUCCAUGCAGGGAAUAUGAGCCACCUAACUCACUUAUAAAUGGGUAUCUAUUUUUGUUUUUUGGUAUGUUUCACUUUUAAGUCUGAAAUUCCGUGCAAAAAUCUCUUCCACCCUUUCAUGGAAUAACAACUCUCCGGCCAGCAAGAGUAUGGUAAGCCACAGGUGGCCGAAACUUACGUUUUGAGGAAAGGGUGUAAUGUAAUCCGAUUACAUGUUAUUGGUGAUGCGUGACUUUUGUGCUGGACGCACUGGUGUUGCGUGUCGGUGUCGCGUUACAGGCGACCUUGAAAAUCUGAGAGACUUGGUAUGAGAACUGAGAACUGCGUGGGCUAAAUAACGUUAAUUCUAAACUUUUCCUUCAAUGAAAUGAAUACAAAAGACUUAACCGUGAUGUAUUCCACUUUAUUUUGGUGUCUGUUCCUCGUCUUACCUUUUUUUUUUUUUGGCUUUAUUGCAUAACUACUGUUACUCCCUUCAUAAGACGAAGUCAAGGCAGCCUGGUCAUUCGAUCUGGCAGGGUCCUGGACCAGUCGCAACAAGAAUGCUGUUUUCGCCGAAAUUCGAAUCCGCUACAAAUUUUUUCAGCUUUAACUCAAGCAGGAAACCUCGUCUUCCUCUCUGGGAGAUCGGCUCGAAAAAAGCUUUAUCAUUACCCCUUCAAAUCAGGCUACGUUGCGCUUACCAACAAUUUGCAUUUUCGCCAGGGUGACAAUUGAAAACUAACCUGUUUUCUCACCAUCUAAGUGCAACUUUAUCCUAAAUUUUCACUUUCAGCGCUUUUCUUUAUCAACGGCUUGACAGAAAUGUUUUUAAAUCUCAUCACAUAUUCUUCAUGAUGUACAUAACACAGGGGCACCCAACGACAAUUUUCGGAAGAAUAUCUGUUGGGAAGACGAUUUAAGAUCUAGAAUUUUCGGAACAUUUGUUGUAACAUUUCUUGCUUGCCUGCCUCUCCUAGGAUUUUCGAACAUCAAAAAAAUGGUCUGAAUUGCCUAUUUUUAACGGAUUUUUGCCCUAAAAAGGUCACCUAGAAUUUUCGGGAGCCUUUUUUCUGGCUGAAAUUUUCGAAAAGGUAAGUUUUGAUCCCUAUAAUUUUCGGAUCACUACACUUUCAGCUAGGAAAUCCGAACAGAUGAAAAAUUUUUAGGGAAUAAAAAUAUGCCUAUAUCUACCGUUUAUAUACUAAAAUACGUUUAACAAUGCUAUGUUUAAGUGGUUUUGAACUAUAUUCUCGUUGGGUGCCCCUGAUAACAAUGUCUGAAACUUUUAUUAAGAUUGAUUCACCGCAACAUCUUGAAUUUUUAAGAGAAAUCUAGCCUACGAACCGGCUAAAAAUCCUCGUUACAACAUUCACUCUCGGUUUUGGCGUGAUGCUAAUUUUUCCAAAUUGAUGCCCAUCCUACAUUUUAGUAUGAGUUUUAUUGCAUAAUUAUUUUGAAUGUGAAACAUUGACAACAUUCACAUUGAAAUGUACUACCCAUAGAGGUAUGUAUGGUGGGUAUUAAUUUGGGAAAAUUAGCAUAACGCCAAAACAGUGAAUUUUGUAACGCGGAUUUUUGGCCGGUUUUUGGGCUAGUUCGUCUUGAAAUUUCAAGGUGUUAUAGUAAAUCAAUCUUAAUGAAAGUUUCAGUUUGUUAUAUACAUCAUGAAGAUUGUGUGAUGAGAUUUAAAAAGAAUUCUGUCCUGAGUCGUUCUAGUGAUUUCAGAAAAGCGCUAAAAGUCAAAACUUAGAGUAAAGUUGCACUUACACAGAUGGUGAGGAAACAGGAUAGUUUUCACGAUCGCAAGAAAGUUAAUGCACUAAAAUUUCCUAGCAUCGAAUGUUGAGCAGUCUUCUGCCGCUACUUAAGAUUUAUUUGAGUCUUUUAGAACUUUUUCAUGAACCAAUUUAUCACGGCUAUUGAAAAUGUAAGGUUUGAAAUAUAUUUAGUUUUACGUUUUAUUUGAAUUCAAACAUACAGAAUUUUUUACUUCUCACGGAGGUUAUUUGCUAACCACCACACUAUAAGUACCUGGUGUCGGAUUUUCAGUAGCAGGUCUAGAUCGCGCAAAAUUUGGAUUUUAUCGAGUUUGAAGUUUUUUGUUUAUUGUUGUCAUAGUGAUAUCAAUUUUACUAAAAACUGCAUUUUGACAAACUUCGAUUCAUAGUCAAUCACUGGUGAGAGGUUUUUUGCGAUGGGACAAGGACAAAAUCACUUUUAAGGAUAUUGAAAAACAUCGGUAUGGACUCCGAAAAACUGUAUCGAAACACCUUAAAACGAUAUAAUAAGGUUUGGGCAUUUGACCAGGAAACGUCAUAAACUUGACUGGCUUUGAAUGUCCCCUGCCAUAAGUUGUUGACCCCAGGAAGUUGAGUAUGUGCAGCAGUCGAUUUGAAUUUUAGCAAAGAAACAGUGAAGAAACGCAUAUCAAAGUUAAAUUACACGUGGUUUUCUACUGAUAAACUUCGAGCUGUAAUGACCGCAAGAAUAAAUCUUCCGUUCGUGACUACCGUAGAGCUGCCUCAAUUACUAACGGACAGAACCCUGUUGUUCAAAGGGUGCCUAUCUGAUGGAUAAAUCACUAUUCAUUGGAUAACUCCAUUGGUUUCCAUAACACUUCCUUAUCUACUGGGUAGUAACUAUUCAGUGGAUAGUCAGGUGCACCCAACGAGAAUAUAGUUUAAGUGGUAGGUCAAAACCACUUAAACAUAGCAUUGUUAAAAGUAUAUUAGUAUUUAAACCGUUCGGAUUUCCUAGCUGAGAGUCUCGUGAUCCGAAAAUUAUGGGGAUCAAAACUUACCUUUUCGAAAAUUUCAGCCAGAAAAAAGGCUCCAGAAAGUUCUAGGUGACCUUUUCAGGGCAAAAAUCCGUUAAAAAUGGGCAAUUAUACCAUUUUUUAGACGUUCGAAAAUCCUAGGAGAGGCAAGCAAGCAAGAAAUUUUACAACAAAUGUUCCGAAAAUUCUAGAUCUCAAAUCGUCUUCCGAACAGAUGUUUUCCGAAAAUUGACUUUGGGUGCCCCUGGAUAGUACUAGUACAUCCCUGAACUCUUAAACAACUGGGGUCUGGGUCUGCGGAACAAGAAGCACGGGCUUGACUAAAAAGCUACUGUUUUCAAGUGGAUGAGUUCGCUAUGACCGCUGAACUAAAGAAGUGAAGACGCAUUUUUUGCAGCCUUAGCCUCAAUCUGAAGUAAUAUGUUCAUAAAUUCCAACGAGAAAAAGACCUGUUUAUUACUCUGUCUAUUGUGUAUAUUCAAACUUCAAACGCUUACUUGCCAGAAUUUCUGAAUAUUUUACUUUACGUCGAGGCUAACCCUGUAUGAGUGUGUCGUUAAUGUUUAUAUUCAGCGGUAAUUUUUAAUUCGAACUGGACUAUUAGAACCUCGUCAUUAUGUGCAUUUUUUCGUCGUGUUUCUUGCAGGACUCAAUAUUUGCAGGAGCAGUACACUAAGAAAAUAACCCAGGUUCCCCCUCGUGGUCCUCCUGGCUCUCCAGGAAUACCGGGUAGAGAUGGCUCCGAUGGAAGACCGGGAAUGGAUGGUCCUAUGGGCCACCCGGGUAGAGACGGACCGCAGGGUAAAGAUGGUCACCCCGGAUCGCCGGGUUCAGCUGGCCCCCCGGGUGUCAAUGGUCUUCCCGGUCUACAAGGACAAAAAGGUUUUAAAGGAGAAAAAGGAGAACCAGGCCAAAAAGGUUGUUUGUUAAAUCUGUACAUUAAUUUUUAAUCUUUUGAACUAAAUUAAAUUCUCUGUAAAAUCUCUGAUUGAACUAUCUCAAGCAAUAUUCUCUCGCCUUUUUCUCUUCUUUUUUUUUUCGUGGUUUAUAGCUCUGAAUCGCCGGUAGAGAGCCACAAAUAAAUCCACUUAUGAAAUAAUUAUGACGCUUUACCACUACCAUUAUUUUGUUAACCUCCCUGUGGGCAAGUUCCCCACUCGCAAGAAAUAGCGAUAGUAAAAAGCUACAGGCCGGUGAACCGCGCAAGAUUAGAGCAUGAGAUUCGACUUCCGCCCCCGCCCCCCCUUCCCCGCCCCGCUCCGCUUCCUUCUUGCCAAGUUUCUCGCAGAAAAACCGAGCCCAAUCUUGUAUUGCGUUCUACAAGCACACGGACCAGUUUCUUAAUUUGGUCUUGCUUUUAUUUAGGUGACCGAGGACUAACCGGAUUAAAAGGGACCAGGGGAGUCGCUGGAAUACCGGGGGAGAAUGGUGAGCCCGGGAUCCCUGGUAGGGUAGGGAUCAAGGGAGACAAAGGAGAAGCUGGUGAGACUACUUGCUAUGUCACGGAAAAGGGUCGGCGUUUGGAAAAACCUUGCCUUGAAGCUUCUGUUUACGACGAUUCAGCUGGGACCCAAAACACAGGCGAUACAGGGGGUCUUACGUAUAUCCGGUGGGGAAGAACUGCAUGUCCCGUGGGAGAUGCCAAGAUAAUCUACUCAGGUAAGAUACUACUUUAUUCUGGGAGUCUAGAACCCAUAAAGCGCGGGAAAAUAAUCUCGUGCUUGCAAUUUGCAAACAACGCGCAGUCUUGCUUCCGAUCCAUCAAAAUCUUGAGAACGAGGUUGACUGUCUUUUUUUGAGUCUCCGUACGCAUCAGGGGAACCCAACGAGAAUAUAGUUUAAAACCACUUAAACGUAGCAUUGUUAAACGUAUUUUAGUAUUUUAACGUUAGAUAUUGGCAGAUUUUUGUCCCCUAAAGAUUUUUCGUCGUUCGGAUUUCCUAGUUGAAAGUCUAGUGAUUCGAAAAUUAUAGGGAUCAAAACUUACCUCAGUUCGAAAAUUUCAGCCGGAAAAAGGCUUCCGAAAAUUCUAGGUGACUUUUUUUGGGUAAAAAUCCGUUAAAAAUGGGCGAUUAUGCCAUUUUUUAGAUGUUUGAAAAUCCUAGGAGAGGCACGCAGGCAAGAAAUUUUACAACAUGAACAAAUGUUCCGAAAAUUCUAGAUCUCAAAUCGUCUUCCGGACAGAUAUUUUCCGAAAAUUGACGUCGGGUGCCCCUGAUAUGACGCAUUCCCAAAGCGCGAAGCUUCUCGCGCAACUUCUCUAGUUAUUUAGUUGGAUUUGAUUUUUUAUAAAGUGCCAGUGCCAGUGCGACUUAAUGCAACUUUAUUGUCCGACAAUAUGAGCUACGGGCUGUCGGGAAUCUCCCCUGUAUUCAUAAAAAUCCACUACAAUUCACUUGAUGUAGUUUUAUUCAUAAUAACGAAUCCCAAAGUCACUGUUUUUGCAACUCACUCACUCACAGUUAUUUUCGGCACAACAACUUGGUUUAGAUAGCGUGAUCUUCUCCCCUCGUCUCCCUACAUGAAACCUAACCUAUAUUAUUAUAAAGUGAUUGACAUUUAGUAUUAUUUCCACGAUAUCAAUUAAGGCAUGGGUCGUACUUGGGAAAAGUUUUCAUCUUUGCCGGCUAAAAAACCACAAAAAUUCGAAACCGCAACCGGAAAAGAAAACUUUUAGUCUAACCGAGGAGGGGAGUUAAUAGUUUUUGCUUUGACACAUUGAGAACUUAAGAACGCCAGAUACCAGAAAACAUUUUUCUCUUCUUCGUCCGAACCUUUGUCGAAGAAUCUUUUUCCUCCAUUCCCAGUUUCAGAAGGAUGGGACAGAUAAAGAAGACCAGAAAGUGCUUGGAUGCGAAUAGUGCAUUUGGCUUGGAGAAUAACAAACCUGUCAAGUGUUUGCUAGUGUAGACGGGAACUGGUUCGUCUUCAAUAGAGCUAGUUCCCGUAAAAACCUUAAACGAAGGUUUAUAAGUUAGUGAACUCCUUGCCUGUAGAGAGUUUUCGAAAAAAACUUGAAAUGGCGAAGGAUAGCUUUUUUGCCGAUUUUCAAAGUUUUUUCUAACUUGAAAACUCGGGGUCGCACUUAGCAAUGUCCACCGAUGACAGAUUUCUACCGCAAGGUAAACAAAUUCUCCCAAAAAUUUGCCAAGUGCGACCCAUGCCUAAGAAACCCAGACAUCUUAUCAGUUUUCACGGUUCACUUCGUGACUAUUCCUUGAACUUACCGGAGAUCAUGAGCUAAUUAUUUAUUUAGCAAUCAACGUUGUCAUCAACUUGAAAUAUAAUAGACUGCUUGCGGUCCGCUUUUUCUCUUAAAAUCCGUCUAGUUCUCACAGCGCGAUUGCAAACCACGACAUUAUGUUACAACUCGCGUGCUUGGGUUUUUCUUGUGGUAACUUUGCAAAGAAAAAUAAGAGACUGCUCGCAGCCUAGAAAUACGAAAAGGCGAAAAGGAUAAAAAUAUACUACGAAAUAUGUGCACACACUAUUGGCGCACAAUUCCCAACAAGAUGAAAAAGUUGAUGGAUCGGCUAAUAUACCUCCAUUUCCCAAAAAUAAAUGCUGUAAAGCAUAACGAGAUUAUUUUGUUCUCAAAAGGGCAAGCUGCAGGUACACGUCACCAAAAGUCCCGCACAGGAGGAUCACCCUUCAUAUGUGUACCAAACCAACCCUGGUACUUCGGCCAGGUAGAUGCCAGUACUCCGCUAGCAAAUGUGACCCAGGUAAGCUCCGAAGUCUUGGCUCAAGAUACAACUCGGAGCACACUCCACGGAACCUACUUUUACCUUUCAUGCGUGCUAUGCUUAGUGCGCAAGCGCAGUGUUCAGAUCAUGUUGCCUGCUCGUAAGGAGUGCUAUAGGGGAUGGCAUCGGGAGUAUGAUGGAUACCUGGCUGUGCAGACUAACUGGAAGGACCACAAGGACCUCAUCUGCGUGGAUCGUCAAUCCAGGGGGCUGUUACAAGAUGCUGAUUAUGUACGUGGGCUUUAUGCGAGUUGCGAGACGUUCUCUUGUCCACCAUACGUCGAAUCUGAAAGGCUCCCGUGCGUUGUGUGCACUAUGUGAACAGAACACUCUCAGUACUUUCGCUUUUAUCCCGUGGAUUCAAAAGCGAGAACAUAGCUAAAUCAUUUAUGCACAGUAUCAUUAGACUGCAAAGCAGUCGCUCUUUUGCGUCGGCCGCGAAGGCGCGUAGUCGUCAAACGAAAGGUCGGGAAUUAGCAAGUGAAAAAUAGAGAGAUUCUCUCGCCCUCCCCAAGGCUCACUCCUCGCACGCCAGUAUGCACGCUCUUAGGUUUCGUGCCUUACAACUGAGCUGCAAAAAAGUGACUGACUGUUUUGCAGUAUGGAUUAUC